AGGAGUCUGAACUAUACACAGAACAAGUUUAUGACUGUAGUAGUGAAGAAAGUGACAGAAGUGAUUCGGAAACAAUAAGAGAGGACCCUAUGUUAUCAGAAGAAACUGAUCAGAGAUUACCAGAUGUGUUAUCAAAAACUAACAGAAAGACAGUUUCUUCAUCUACGCGGAUUACGAAAGCAAAAUCUUCUCGGAAAGAAUAUGGUACUCAGUUUGUUUGAUGAAGUAACUUAAUUUUAUCCCCUGUUUUUAGUACUUUGUUAGCUCAUCAUUUACGCCUUUUCAUAAACAGGUUAUAUUGAUGACGGUGAUCCUACUUUCAAGUGUGAGCAUUGUGGGGCUAUAAUGUGGUAUGGUGAAAGGAUAAACAACAAAAAAAACACCAGAAAACCCAAAUUUUCUCUUUGUUGUGGUCAAGGACAAGUGCAACUUCCAUUGCUAAAAGAUUCACCAGCUACACUGAAACAAUUACUUUAUGGGACUGAUGCAAAAAGCAUAUAUUUCAGAGAGAACAUUCGCCAGUUAAAUAUGGUUUUCUCAUUUACAUCGCUUGGUGGUAAAUGCGACCGCUCGGUUCCCAAAGGAUGUGGCCCUCUCAAGAUGUUUGUACUUCAAGGAGAAAACUAUCAUUUGAUGGGUAGUUUGAAGCCUCCUCCAGGAGACCCUGCUAAGUUUGGACAAUUAUAUAUUGUUGACACAGAAAAUGAAGUUGCAAACCGUGCUUCCAUAAUUGGAAAGUACAAGACAUGUGCAGAAUCAUCUAAAAAGGAGGUAACUCGGAAACAAGUUAUUGACUCUUUACUGAAAAUGCUAAACGAGGUCAAUCCAUAUGUCCAUCAAUUCAGAUCAGCAAAGGAUAGAUUUGACACUAAUCCGGAGGACACAUUCCAUAUGCGCAUUAUAAGCAGUCGUGCAAAAGACGGUAGGACUUAUGACACUCCUACAGCAUCUGAGGUGGCAGCAUUAAUUCCAGGCGAUUUCAAUUUGGACAUGGAUAAAAGAGAUAUCAUAUUGCAAGAGAAACAAACUGGUUGGCUGAAGAGGAUCAGUGAGAUUCACCCUUCUUACUUGGCACUUCAAUAUCCUCUGAUAUUUACUUAUGGUGAAGAUGGUUUCAGACUUGGGAUUCAAAAGAGAGAUACAGAGGCUAAGGCUAAACUGAAGAGGCAGACUAUCAGUAUGAGGCAGUGGUAUGCAUUCCGUCUACAAGAAAGAGAGAACGAGUGUCACACACUUCUGCAUUCUAAACGUUUGUUUCAGCAGUUUUUGGUUGAUUCUUAUACCUCCAUAGAGUCUAACAGGCUUUGUUAUCUAAGGAUGAACCAAAAAAGCCUUCGAUCAGAUGCAUUUGACUCUAUACAACAGGCUGGAAAUGCGGGAAAGAAGGAUAUGCAUGACCAAGGUGAGCGAUUUUUGCUACCAGCCUCAUUCACAGGAGGACCAAGAUACAUGAAGAACAACUACAUGGAUGCAAUGGCUAUAUGCAAGUAUUUUGGGUUUCCUGAUCUGUUUAUAACAUUCACCUGCAAUCCUAAAUGGCCUGAAAUAACCAGGUAUCUACAAAAGAGGAACCUUAUUGCUGAUGACAGACCUGAUAUUAUUGGAAGGAUUUUCAAAAUCAAACUUGAUUCUCUCAUGAUUGAUUUAACGGAUAAAGAACUGCUGGGGAAGACAGUCUCUUCAAUGUACACUGUUGAGUGGCAAAAACGGGGUCUACCACAUGCUCAUAUUCUGUUGUUCAUGCAUCCUAAUUCAAAAUUUCUUACCACUGAUGAUAUUGACAAGGUUAUCUCUGCUGAAAUUCCAGACAAGGAGAAAGAGCCAGAGCUUUAUGAUAUUGUUAAAGAUAUGAUGAUUCAUGGUCCAUGUGGAGUUGUUAACAUGAAUUCGCCAUGCAUGGAAAAUGGUUUAUGUUCGAAGAUGUAUCCUAAGGAGUAUGCUGAUGUAACUACUGUCAACAAAGAAGGGUUCCCUGUCUAUAGAAGGCGAGAACAAACAAACAGAUUUGUGGAGAAGAAAGGUUUCAAGUGUGACAACAGAUAUGUGAUACCAUACAACAAGGAAUUGUCUCUUCGUUUUCGAGCUCACAUUAACGUGGAGUGGUGCAAUCAAUCAGGUUCUAUUAAAUACUUAUUCAAGUAUAUUAACAAAGGCCAAGACCGUGUCACUAUUGCUGUUGAGCCCCCACAUGCAGACCAGCUAAAAGAAAAGAAAAAAAACGAGAUAAAGGACUUCUUCAACUGCAGAUUUUAUUGGAAUUUUCCAUUAUUCAGAUAUGUCUCAGCCUGCGAAGGAUCAUGGAGGAUUUUUAGCUUUCAUAUUCACUAUAGAUCAACACCAGUUGAGAGAUUGCAGUGGCAUCUUGAAGGAAAACAGAUCAUUAUUUUCAAAGAUGAUGAUACAUAUGAGGAAGUCACUAGCAGGAAGCUUAUUGAAAAUACUAUGUUUCUGGGUUGGUUUGAAUUGAACAAGAUCAGUGCAGUAGCUCGGACACUCACUUUAGCUGAAAUUCCAACAAGGUUCACUUGGAAUAAGAAAGAGAAAAAGUUCCAUGAUAGGAAGAAAGGAUUCAGCAUUGGGAGAAUCAAUUAUGCACCACGUGAGAUUGAAGAUGCAUACUAUUGUCGUGUGUUGCUUAACAUUGUGAGAGGUGUAACAUGUUAUGAAGAUAUUAAGACGUUUCGAGGGGUGGAGUAUCCUUCAUACAAAGAGACAUGUUUUGCGAUGGGACUGUUAGAAGAUGAUCAGGAGUAUAUAGACGACCUGUUGAGAGCAAGUUUUACUGAUUCUGCAUCUACUUUGCGUCAAGCUUUUGUUAUCAUGCUCAUGUCUAAUACUCUGUCAAAGCCAGAAGUCGUUUGGGAACAGACUUGGGAGAUUCUGUCUGAGGACAUUGAACAUAAGAGGAGAAAGCUAUUACAUAGACCAGAUCUGACUUUGAGUGAUGCGAAAAAAAAACAGUACGCACUUAUAGAGAUUGAGAAGCUUCUAAAGAGCAAUGGAACGACUUUGGAGAAGUGGAAAUCUAUGCCUAAACCAAUACCAGACGUUGUUAAUAACAAUGUUUUGAUUAUGGACGAACUCAGCUAUGACCAGCAGGAGUUAGAGGCUGAUCUUGAGCGUGACAUUCCAAAACUAACAGAUGAGCAAAAGAAGAUUUACGAUGAGAUUACUGAUGCUGUUUUCACCAAAAAAGGAGGAGUGUUUUUCGUUUAUGGAUUUGGUGGUACUGGCAAAACUUUUUUGUGGAGGUUGCUCUCUGCUGCAGUUCGCGUUAGAGGCGAAAUAUGUCUAAAUGUUGCCUCAAGUGGGAUAGCUUCUCUGUUGCUAAAUGGAGGAAGGACUGCACAUUCACGAUUUGCAAUUCCUAUCAAUCCCGAUGAAUUUUCCACCUGCAAACUUAUAGCAGGAACUGAUAAAGCGGAUCUUGUGAAAGCAGCCUCCCUUAUAAUAUGGGAUGAAGCUCCAAUGAUGAGCAAGCAUUGUUUUGAAUCACUGGAUAGGAGUAUGUUGGACAUUGUUGGAGAUAAGGAUAAGAGACCUUUCGGUGGUAAAGUUGUCGUUUUUGGUGGAGAUUUUAGACAAGUGUUGCCUGUCAUUCAUGGAGCUGGAAGGACAGAGAUUGUUUUGGCUGCUCUGAAUUCAUCUUAUCUAUGGAAGCAUGUGAAAGUUUUGAAGUUAACCAAGAAUAUGCGUCUGCUGUCCAAUAAUUUGUCGGCUGAAGAGGCAAAAGACUUGCAGGAGUUCUCACAAUGGAUAUUAGAUAUUGGAGAUGGAAAGAUUGGCGAUGGAAAUGAUGGGGAAGCUCUUAUCGACAUCCCAGAGGAGUUUUUAAUUCUUGAUGCUAAAGAUCCUAUAGAAGCUAUAAGCUCAGCAGUGUAUGGAGAUGCUGCUUCUUUACACCAAAACAAGGACGCAAAGUUUUUUCAGGAGAGAGCUAUACUAUGUCCUACUAAUGAGGAUGUGAACCAGAUUAAUCAACACAUGCUGGAUAAGCUUGAUGGAGAGGAAAAAAUAUACUUAAGCGCUGAUUCUAUCGAUUCUUCAGAUAGAUUUUCUGUUAACGACCAAGCUCUCACUCCAGAUUUCUUAAAUAGAAUCAAAGCAUCAGGAUUGCCAAAUCACAGCCUGCGACUGAAAGUGGGUUGUCCAGUGAUGUUGCUAAGAAACAUAGAUCCUGUUGGUGGAUUGAUGAAUGGAACUAGACUCCAGAUUACAGAAAUGUACGACUUCAUGAUAAAAGCGAAAGUUAUUACAGGGGAAAAGGAAAAAAUUGGUCGUACUGUGCUUCUUCCUAGACUCUCUAUAACUCCUUCGGAUAAAAAGUUGCCAUUCAAAAUGAGGAGGAGACAACUACCUAUUUGUGUGGCAUUCGCCAUUACUAUCAAUAAAAGCCAGGGUCAAACAUUGUCUGAAGUUGGAAUUUAUCUUCCAAGACCGGUUUUUUCUCACGGUCAACUAUAUGUUGCUGUUUCCAGGGUGACUUCAAAGAAAGGCUUGAAGAUAUUGAUUGUCGAUAGUGAGGGUAAACCUCAACGUCAAACAAAAAAUGUGGUCUUUAGAGAGAUUUUCGACAAUCUGUGA